CCAACCUUACAAGGCUUACAAUUAGUUAAUAUCACUUGCUCUCUGUAAUUGCGAAAGCCCAUAAGCAGAUCCCAGAGCAAUAGAAAUCAACUUAUACCAGUUGCAUUUCCUCCUCUUUGGCUCCGUUUCUAAUUACAUCAAAUUGCUUGUUUCAAUAUUUUGCCCACUCUUUGAUUCAACUAGCUUCCCCACAUACCCCAACAUAAUAUACAUAUAUAUUAUCUUAUCGUAGUCAUUGCUUCCUACAGUUGAAAUCUCUCCAUGCAUUAAUUAUCUGAAAGUGGCUGCAAAAAGAACGAAAUUUGUCAGGUCUAAGCAGAGUUCUCGAAUGAACAGUUAAACAAAAAGAAAUGGACCAGAAUCUUCAACCAGUAUCAGAAAAUGGAAAGGAAAAUGAGAGAGCAAAAGCGCUCAAGGCCUUCGAUGAUACAAAAGCUGGUGUAAAAGGACUUGUUGAUGCUGGACUAGUAACAGUCCCUCAGAUCUUUGUCAUACCACCAGAAGAUAUAUCUUCUGAGAUGUUAGGCUCUGGCUUCCCCUCCUUCAAGGUUCCCAUUAUAGACCUCAAAGGCAUGCAAAGUACUGAUACUCUGCAGCAUCACCAAAUUGCCAAGGAAGUAAUAAAUGCAGGUGAGACAUGGGGUUUCUUCCAGAUCGUGAACCAUGGAAUACCGCAAGAAAUAAUGGACCAGAUGAUUGAAGGCAUCAAGAGGUUCAAUGAGCAACCAAAUGAAGUGAAGAUGGAGUUCUAUUCGCGUGAUAAGAUGAAAAAGGUGCGGUUCAAUAGCAACUUUGAUCUUUAUAAGGCAAGAUCUGCAAAUUGGAGGGACACUUUGUCCUCUACCAUGGCUCCCAAUCCACCACCCUCUGAAGAAUAUCCAGCAGCAUGCAGGUAUACAAUGUUGCAGUACUCUGAGCAUAUUAAGAAGUUGGGACAAGUUCUAUUUCAGUUGAUAUCAAUGGGACUUGGACUUCCUUCUCAUUUCCUGGAAGAUAUGGAAUGUAAUAAAGGACAUACUUUUUUCUGCCACUACUAUCCACCAUGCCCUGAACCAGAGAGGAGUAUAGGACAUGGCAAGCACAGUGAUGCAGACUUUCUUACAGUACUUCUACAAGAUCACAUUGGUGGUCUUCAAGCUCUCCACCAAAAUCAUUGGGUUGAUAUCCCUCCAUUGAGAGGAGCUCUAUUGGUUAAUAUUGGAGACUUCUUACAGCUCAUCUCCAAUGACAAGCUUAAAAGCGUUCAGCAUAGAGUGAUUGCUAAAUGCAUAGGCCCAAGAAUCUCAGUUGCAUGCUUCUUCUCAACACAUUUACAGGAAUCAAAUAAGUUCGUUGGUCCUAUAAAAGAGUUGCUGACAGAUGAAAAUCCACCUUUGUACAAGGAAACCUUGGUAAAGGACUACAUUGACUCAUUGAUCGCGGCAGGACUAGCUGAAUUCUCCGCACUCGAACCAUUAAGGUUGUGACAACUCUGUUUACCCCAUUUCAGCAUCCAAAAUAUGUAAAGCAUCCUUUUGUAACUCGGACAUGAAAAAGGUACAAUAACAAAUAAUAAAUAAAUAAAACCUACAAUAAGUACAUAAACUACAAAGGGAAUCAGUUAGUAAAUAGCUAAAUGCAUAUUAAUGAUAAACCUCAUGGUUUAAUGAGACCCUCUAUGAAUUCCCUUUGGUAUGUUUUGCCA